AUGAUUGAACAUGAAGAUAGAUAUCAAGGAGCUUGCAAUCUUCCUGAUCGUCGUGAUGAGGGUGGUGUAGAGGCUGCCAUACAACUUAAGGCAAACCACGAUGAAGACCUGCCCAAUGCUGGCGGUGAGGGAGAGAAGCGCCAGGUACAUCCAUAUCUGCGGGUUCUGCAGCAGUAUCCUGAACGGAGCCGUGCCCUCGAAUACGAACACCGCAGCGGUGGCCAGCGGAAACCCGAAGAAGUUGAGGGAGAAAAGCAGCAUGAAGGGGUGGAGGUCCUUGGUGGCAAGCAUCUUGUCCUCGAGUGGCCCCGUGACACCGUCACAGAACAGCGAGAAGAAGCACAUGAGCAUGCCGAGAAGAGAGUUUUCUCCAUCCAUCCUGCCCUUUGGCUUGAAGUAGUUGAAGCCGAAGACACAAAGCGUGAUCACAAAGACGGCAACGUAGUCGUACACAGGAUACCUCCUACCAAAAAUGACAAACCCUCCAAUAAGAACGGGUAUCAUUUUUGCACUCUUAAUGACGAUUUGGGUGGGAAUCCCAACAUAUUUGAUUGA